AUGACUGACCCCGAACGGCGGCGCAGACGACCGGCUGUGCCAUCAACCGAGAUAAGUCAUUCAUAUGAGUCCAUAGUGCGCGGGUCAACAGAUGCUACAACUCCUAAGAGUCAAGCCUCUGUUGGGGAUAUCGAGGCGCUGAACAGUAGAAUCAAAAACCUCGAGGAGCAGCUAUCUAAAGCCAACCAGAGGCAUGUUCAGUCCUCUAAUCAGACUUCUCGUGCCGACCUAAGGGCCCUGGAUUCGACUCUGUGCGAAGUUGAUAGCAACUUAUUCGGCGAAACUCAAGUCAUCACUCGCAGUGUCGUACAUAAAUCCCGCAUGUUCGGUCAAAGUCAUUGGAUCAAUGGUGUGAUUGGGCUAUGCCGCGAGGUAUUUGAGAUGCUUGAGCCUCACAGGUGUAAAUCCCUUGCGAGGGUUAUCAAAUCGGGGCGGACACCUUCAUGGCCGUCGCCUUUAACAUCUGCCCUGCCUUCAAAAGACGUGGCCGAUGAGCUCGUUGACUGUUACCUUAGGACAUCCGAAACUGUCUAUCGUGUUCUUCAUAUUCCGUCCUUUCGAAGGGACUAUGAGGCACUCUGGGCGUCAGAUACAGCACCUGACACGGCAUUUAUGGUUCAGGUCAAAUUAGUGCUGGCUAUCGGAGCUAUUAUAUACGAUGAAAAGUUCUCCCUACGUGCCUCGGCGAUUCAGUGGGUUUAUGAGGCACAGACGUGGUUCUCAGAGCCUGUUUGCAAGUCCAGGCGGAGUCUUCAAUAUUUGCAAAUCAAUAUCCUACUGUUAAUUGCUCGUGAAUUGGUACAUGUGGGCGGUGACACCACCUGGACUGCAGCAGGGGCCCUGCUGAGGACUGCGGUGUACUGGGGCCUUCAUAGAGAUCCGGCCUAUUUAUCAAAUAGGACAAUCUUCGUUAGCGAGAUGCGCCGGCGGCUAUGGAAUACGAUACUCGAAAUGGCCCUACAUUCGAGUAUGGCUUGUGGUUCGCCCGUGUUUAUAUCUCUGGACGAUUUUGACACUGCGCCUCCCGACAACUAUGAUGACGACCAGCUUGUGGCCGAUGCCCCGGUGCCGAAGUCAGAAGACACACUGACUCAAGUAUCAAUCCCGAUAGCUCUCCGUAAAACUCUUCCUCUUCGCCUCGCGAUCGUGAAAUUCUUGAAUGACCUCGGCUCUAAGAGUACAUACGAAGAAACGUUGCGACUGGAUGCAGAGUUCAGAGCGUCAUACAGAGCUCUGUGUCGGACCCUUCAUAAAUAUAAUGCGGGCACCGGAUUCACAUCUCAGUUUACAAUUCAGAUGGUGGAUUGCCUGAUGCUGCGCUACCUUGUAACUCUCCAUAUCCCGUUCUUUGCUAUGGCACCGCAUGAAACGGCCUAUGCAUACGCUCGGAAGGUAGUGGUUGAGACGUCGCUCAAGAUAUGGUGUACAUUGAACCCAUCCUCAUCGAUCAUGGCGGCUCACAAUCGUCACGCUACAACUUCAACCGAUGGAAAUGAUUUGGAGAGGUUUGCGAUCUGUGGUACUGGUUAUCUCCGUGUGCUUGGCAUGCAGACAAGUCUUGCCAUUGCAGCAGAAUUAAGCACUCAGUUGCAAGAAGAAGAAAACCUUGGCCCAGUAUUUUUACGAGCGGAUCUCCUUUCGGUGGUAAAGGAAUCCAAAGAGUGGCUCUUCCGUGCUAUUGAUGCCGGAGAGACCAAUAUCAAGGGUUACCUCCUUGUUGAGUUAAUUGAGGCAAGGAUCACAGGGCUUAGACAAGGCCUUGCGCGCGACCAACUUGUGUUGUUGUUACUGAAAGCCGCUACGGACGCAGAGGCAAGAUGCUUACGCGUCCUUGAAGAAAUGGCAGCUCAGGGUCAAACCGAAGGCUUUUUAAAUGGCCUUGGCCAAAUGGGCCUGGAGAUAACUCCUGAGUCGAUAGACGACUGGGACUUUAUGAUGACAGAUGUCCUUCUGAAUCAGAGCACUGCGGAGCCAAUGAAUUGGGUGUACAAUGAAAUCCCGCUAGUGCCUUUGCUUCCCAGUUAA